GACAUGCCCUCUCUUCCCGCGGCUCUAAGCCCUAGAACACCCCUUGCUUUUCGUCGCUGCUCCCCCCGCCGGUGAUGGCCGCGCCGCCGGAGACGACGGGCGCGCCGUCCCCGCCGGAAGGGGAGGACAAGGGAAACGCGGGCGUCGAGGUCUGCUGCUUCGAGCAAUCUGCAGAGGACUUCUCCAGAGCGGUACGCGCCAUCUCGGAGCUCGCCGCCGGCGAGCCCGAGCCCGGCUUCCCCGACGCCGAGGCGGAACGGCUCGCCUCCUCGAUAACGUUCCUCAGAGAAUGGAGGCAUUUUAAUUAUGAGCCAAAAGGUGUAAGUUUUACUCACGGCACUGGAUCAACUUCAUCCAGAGAUAACACACAUGAGAUUACCUUACCACAAUUCUCGUCUGCAUCUGUUCCUCAGGUCACUCACUUGGAAGAUGGGAGGGAUAAUAAUACAUACAGUUCUGAUUUCAUUUUGUUCGCUGGGGGGAAUGUUUGGUCGCUGGACUGGUGCCCAAGGUUGUGCGACAAGCCUUCUUCUCCUGUAAAUUGUGAGUAUCUUGCUGUUGCUGCUCAUCCUCCUGGUUCUUCUUACCAUAAAAUUGGUAUGCCACUGAUUGGCAGAGGCAUCAUUCAAGUUUGGUGUAUCGUAGCACCCUUUGAAGAGGCACGUACUAAUCAGUCAACGCUUGCAUACAGUAAUAGCAAUCGUAGAGGAAGGCCUAGAAAAAUACCGAAUGAGCACAAUUCAAUUGAGAGUUCAUCAGUUCCUCGAAAACCAAUAGGGGGACCAAGAAAGAUAAAACUGACGACUAGGGAUGAUCACGCAGAACCUAGUCUGAAAAAACCAAGGGAUCACACAGAACCUAGUCUGAAAAAACCAAGGGGCAGACCAAGAAAAUAUCCACUGUCAGCUACCAAAGCAGUAGAUUCAACAAAAAAUAGCGGAAGUCAAGGUUCUAGUUUUGUUGACCCUCUUGUCACUUCAGGAGUUAUUCCAGGCGAUCUUGCGUUAUCUUGUGCUAUACCAUCUGUGAAGUCUGUGGACUCAGCUCCAAAAAGAGGUAGGGGUCGACCUAGGAAAAUCCCAAUUGACAAAAUAAAGUGUUCGCCUGACACUGAAUGGACAGAAGAUAUCUCUAGAGCUCUAAUAUGCUGCACUAUACCAAAGAAAAAAAGGGGGAGGCCCCGGAAAUAUCCACCCCCAAGCAGCAGCAAGCAUGUUUCUGGCACUGAUAAUGAAUUUGAAAGAGAAACUGGAUACACAGAGUCUAAUUCUAAUUUAAGUCUUGUUACAGUUGAUGCAGCGCUACCAGUUCCAUCUUCAUCUCUUACAAUUUGUGGGAAAAGAUCAAGAGGUCGGAAUGGUAGAGGACGACCUAAAAAGGAAACAAAUCCUUGCAUACUUUCUUCAUCGGUGGUUUCUGGUCUCCAAUUGCAAAGUAGGGAGACCAUUUCAAAUGACCCAGCAUGCUCUGUUGAGAAUCAUUUGCCAUAUGGACACUCCAACUUGACAAGUGAGCUUUGUUCAAUUGAUGGCAAUGUGCACACAAGCCCCACUUUAGAAGAUUCCUUGCUGCCCAUGCACAUUGCAGCUAAAUCAAAUGGCGAGGAGUCAAGUGGUAGUAGGAGACGAGGACGGCCUAGAAGGAAGACACUUUCAAUUACAAACGGUUGUUUAUUUGCUUCUGGUACCGAGUCCUCAAAGGUGGCAACUACAAUUACCGAUUCGGACAAUCCCAUGGCUUUGACCAAGAGUGACGGUGAAACUAUAGCAAGCGAUCCUGCUUCAGUUGGUUCGUUGAUGAGGUGUCAUAUAGGAAUGUGCAAUGUCAAUAUGAGUGCUGCAUCACCACCUCAUGGCUUGUGUAAUGCAAAUUACAAGGAAAAAUCAAGUGCCCAGCAUAGAAAGAAGCCUGUUGCAGUAGAGUGGUGUUCUUCAACUGCAUUCAGCGGCAAAGAACAAAACAAUCAGACAACUCCCCAGACAAGUGAUAAUGUGGCCUCAGUCCAAAAUUGCAAGAAAGAAUUACUUGUCUACACCAGAAGGCGUGUACGAGGACCUACAAAGAAACCUGCUUCAAAUGAGACCUGCUCACUGGCUCUUAGUGGUGACGCGCAGAAGAUGGAAAGAUCCUCCACGUCUAUCAUGCCAAAUAAUCAUUUGUUUUCUGUUGAGAAUCCCAAGCUACUGGGUUCAUCUAUAAGCGAAGACAUGGCUAAUGAGGCAGGUUUGGUUGGAUGUAAGAGUGCACUUGGUAACCAUGAAGUCAUGGAAAAGAAUGAUAGUGAAGCUGCCAAUAAAGUUGUGCCUGUUCCUUCUGAAAACAGUGCCCAGAUCAUAAUUGUGGAAGAUGCAGAAGUAGUUCCAUCCAAAGAAUCAAGUAAAAAUAGUAAUAUUAUUACUUGUGCAGAAAACUCAAACUUUUCUGCAAUCCCCGAAGGCAUUCAUCUACCAAGGGUCGUUUUGUGUUUAGCUCAUAACGGCAAAGUUGCUUGGGACAUCAAAUGGAAGCCUCCUUUACCAAAUCAGUCAGAACAGAAAUCACAUUUGGGUUUUCUUGCAGUACUGUUGGGAAAUGGCUCACUUGAAGUAUGGGAAGUUCCAUCUCCAAGCAUGAUCCAGAAAAUAUAUUCCUCUUCUUCAGUGAAGGGUACCGAUCCUCGCUUUCUAAAGCUGCAACCUGUAUUUAGAUGUGCUAAAGUGAAGUGCGGAAACAUACAGAGCAUUCCCUUGACAGUUGAUUGGUCGCCUUCUUCUCAUGAUAUGAUACUGGCAGGAUGUCAUGACGGAACGGUUGCUUUAUGGAAGUUCUCUACAGACUUGCCAUCACAAGAUUCAAAACCUUUUAUGUGUGUCACUGCUGAAUCUGUUCCCAUCAGAGCCCUCUCGUGGGCACCAUAUGUAAGCGAGGAAAACACAAAUAUCUUCGUCACUGCUGGAGAGGAUGGCCUGAAAUUCUGGGAUUUAAGAGAUCCAUACCGUCCUCUGUGGGAACUAACUACUGCCCCAAGGGCUGUUUUAAGUCUUCAUUGGUUAAAGGAGUCUAGAGGUAUUAUCAUCUCACUGGAAGAUGGCACAUUGAAGUUCAUCAGCCUACCUAGAAUUGCCAACGAUGUUUCAGUCACCGGAAGGCCAUUUGCUGGGACUAAAACUCAGGGUGUUUCUACUUAUCAGUUGUCAGAAUAUCUGAUAUGGAAUGUCCAUGUCUCAGAAAUUACCGGUUAUGCAGCUUAUUGUGUGGCAGAUGGUACUGCUGUGCGCUUCCAGCUUACUUCGAGAUUCUGGGAGAAGGAACCUGGGAGGAACCGUGUGCCUUAUUUCCUUUGUGGUUCGGUAGCAGAGGAAGGGGCAACCAUUAAGAUUGGUGGAACAUUGCAAAGCUCUCCUUUGUCAAAUGUUCCUCUGGUUGCAAAAAAGGGUCCAAAACCAUGCCAAAAAGUACCUAAAGCGCAUGAUACACAAACAGAGAAAGUACUUGCCCUCACCAACUCAGAACAUGUAGAUCCAGAACCCAGAGAGGGUCGACUAGAUGGACCUGGGGAGGGCCAAGAGACCAAUGCUCUGGUUUUAGCUGAUUCUCUAAUGCCAGAGAAUGGUGGCACAUGCAACGUCCCAGUUGAUGAAGACACUAAAGACUUUGAGCUCUUCCCUCCCAAAGCUGUAGCGCUGCAUCGACUGAGAUGGAAUAUGAACAAAGGUAGCGAGAAAUGGUUAUGCUAUGGAGGCGCCGCAGGCAUCAUCCGUUGUCAGAGGAUCUAAAAGGCAAGCAUAAUUGGGAAGUGUUUUGUCCCACCUAGUUUGUUGCAUGUUUGCCGCAGACCAGGGUCAUCCGUGUAUAUCCACCUACACAAUAAGCUGUUGCAGCAACAUAUGGUAUGUUCUUCCGAUUCUUUCCUUGACCUUUCAAGGGGUUGCCAUUGCGGACGUUCAGUUAUGCACAAUUAUACUUACAUAACAGAGCUGUGUAUCUUAGGAACUCCCAGCAGAUCCUUGUAGUUUAGGAACUCAAGUUCAGGCAAUAUGAGCUACCAGGUCCUGCAUAUCUUGGGCUCAGCAAAUCAUAGUUCUGAGAAUAAAGUGCACCGGUCUCGAAUAAGUGUGGGCUUGUCCGCAACUUUUCUGAAUCUGGUGAAAGUUUUUUUUUUCAUGUAAGGCUGUAACAUAUGUACAUCUAUUGUUUACGCAGUCACACAAAUACAGUAAUGUCGUGCCAGUUGUAACAUUGACAAACUGAACAAUGUCGCACCAAUAUGUAACAGGCCAAUAAUGGAAAUCAUGAGCCAUUGCUCUUGAUCAAAGUUUCAUGA